UGAAAAAGAAAAAGUGCAAGUCAAUUCUUACUAUAGAAAUAAUCCAUGUCCUGAUGACUGGCAUUGAUGCAAUAUUUAUACAUAAAUAAAAAUACUGUAAAUUUUGUGUUCACAUACAUUUACUAUAAACUAUAUUAAUGACUAUAAAAGCACGCUGAGUUGCUAAAAAGAGGCAAAAGUCUUGGAGAACUGAGACGAGACGUUUCAUUAGCGAACGAAUUAGAGAAUCAUUCUGACGCAUACUCACUUGAUGAGAGACAAUGGAGUUUCCAAAUCUCGGGGAACAUUGCUCGGAGGAAAGCUGCAAUCGUCUCGAUUUCCUUCCAUUGCGAUGUGACGCAUGUAAAUCAAUUUUCUGCACCGAUCACAUAUCAUAUCUGCAUCAUUCCUGUCCGAGUGCAUACAAAAAGAAUGUACAAAUUCCAGUCUGUCCACUUUGCAAUGCACCGAUACCAUCGAAACGUGGCGAUCCACCCGACAUUGCCGUUGGUCAGCACAUGGACAACGAUUGUCAAAUACAAAAAGAUCGGCGAAAAGUAUUCAGCAAUAAAUGCUCUCAGAAGGGAUGUAAAAUUAAAGAAAUUGUUCCCGUCAAGUGCACCGAGUGUACGCAAAAUUAUUGUCUCAAACAUCGACAUCCCAGUGAUCACACAUGUCCGGGAAAGGAGUCUGCGAUACGGGCCAAAAGACUGAACGCCAUUAAUUCACAAAGUCAGGCGAAAAGUAAAACAACGUCGAACUCAAAUAGUUUGUGGAAUUUGAAAAAUAUCCAGGGACAAUUGAGUGAAGACGAGGCACUGGCGAGAGCUCUUCAGGCGUCUUUGCAGGACGAGGAACGGACCCGAAGGCAGGAAUUGCAACCAGUGCCUUCUAGCAGUAGAGACAGGUGUAGACUUUCUUAACAAGCGAGAAAAAAAGGAAAUAAUUAUUUUACUUUUUCUGCGCACAAAUUAGAGAAAAAAUAUAUAUUAAACGAAUUUUUUAAAAAAGAAAACUAUGAUAUUAAGGUCUUUGAUAAAUCUUUCUUAGAAAAAAACGAUUUAUAAGAAAAAAUUCUAGUUUGUUUUCUAUUUAGAAACGGACUGAAUUUCAAUUAUCACGACGAGGUGUUCAUUUGACCGUUAAUUAUAUAAAAUGGAGACUGUUUAGCAGAAUUUUUCAUUUAACCGAAUAAUCAUUUGCUGGCUAUGUGUUUAACAAUAAAUGACCCUGUGGGCUUCCUUACUGUACUAAAUGAAUUUAUAUCAUCAAAAUGAUAAGUAGACUAAAUAAAAAUAUUGUUAAAUAGAGUAAAGAUUUAUUUAUUUUUUUUUAAUUUAACUUAAAAAAUAUAUUUUUCUCUAAUAAUCUUUGGAGAAAAAUUAUGUCCAUCGUCUAAACGCAUUUGUCAAUAAGUAGAAAUUCAAUUCUCUUAAAGAAAAAAAAAAAUGAAAAAUCUGCUCAAUAGUAUUUCAUCGCUACGAAUUUCGAUUAAAUGAAUAUUAUAACAAUCAAAAUAUAUUCUUGUUUUUAUA